AUGAUGUCACAUGAUAUGGACUAUCCCUUUGGCCAGUUGGGAUUCUGUCAUUCCUGUAUUUCUGCAAGUUUAAAGAAUAAUGCCUGGAUGUACCCUUACUGCUGCGCUUAUCUUCCUUCUGAAGGAAUUCCCGCCACUGAUAUUGCCAAAAAGAUGGAGGGCACAAACCAAAAUUGCACAGAAUGUGAAACACAGGUAUGUCUGAGUGAAAUGAGAGCUCAUUUAAGAACUUGUGAAAAAUAUAUAGAAGAAUAUGGACCUCUCCAAGAGGAGCUUGGAGAUGCCGUAGCAAGAUAUUCGUGUCCUUAAUGCCAGUGUCAAGUAGGUGAGGAUGAGCUAAUGGACCAUCGUAUCACUUACCACAGAUCGGAAACAAGAGCAGUGUGUUGUCGAAUUUGUUGUUUAACACUUGGGAGAGGUCCAAGCUAUUUCAGCAGAAAUUUUUUAAGGCAUCUUCAACUCAGACAUAUAUUCCAUUAUGAAGACUACAUAGACAUAAACACUAUUGGAGAAGUUCUUCUUGAAAAAGUUCUGGAUGGGUCAUUCUUAGAAUACGUGCGAGUCAUCCAAACAGCCCGUAAGGACUACUGCAAAAGGGUGGAAGAACAUCUUCUGUAG